UUUCUCUCGCUCUCUCUCUCUCUUUUUCUCUCAAUUAGUCAGUAAAUACAAAGAAAAUGGCCAAGUCCAGUAUAUCCAUAGAUCAAGACCAGUUCACCUGUGCAGUGUGUCUGGAUUUCUUGAAGGAUCCUGCAACUCUCCCCUGCGGUCACAUUUUUUGUAAGGUGUGUAUUGAACAAUUUUGGGAUCAGGAUAAUCAGAAGGGUAUCUACAGCUGCCCUAAAUGCCGAGAAACGGUUCCACACAAAAACAUGCUGAGCGUAAAGAAGACUGCAACCCAAGUUGUAUCUGGAGAUGUGGAGUGUGAUUUCUGCACUGUGAGAAAACACAAAGCUGUGAAAUCCUGCCUGAUGUGUGUGGCGUCUUAUUGCGAAUUUCAUCUCAAACCUCAUCUCGAACGGCCCGCUUUGAAAAAACACACCUUGACCGAAGCCUCGGAAAACCUACAAGAGAAGAUCUGCUCUGAGCACGACGAAGUGCUGAAAAUCUACUGUCGUACUGAUCGAACCUGCAUCUGUCAUCUGUGUAUGAUUGAUAAUCACAAAGGACACGACACCGUCACAGCUGCAGCGGAAAGAGUCGAGAAACAGAGUGAGCUGAAAGCAGAGCAGAUCAUAUCCGAGCAGAGAAUCCAGGAGAAGCAGAAGAAGGUGCAGGAGCUGAAACAAGCUGUAAACACUAUAAAGCUAAGUGCUCAGACAGCAGUAAAGGAAACUUUGAGGGUCUUUACUGAAAUGAUCAGAUCCAUGGAGAAAAAGCGCUCAGAGGUGACUGAGAUGAUCAGAGAUCAGGAGAAGGCUGAAGUGAGUCGUGCUGAACGACUGGUGGAGCAACUGGAGCAAGAGAUUUCUGAUCUUCAGAGGAGAGUCAAUGAGAUGGAGCAGCUUUCACACACACACGAUCACAUCCGUUUUCUCCAGGCAUCUGGACGUCGCUCUCCUGUAGUAGAUAGACCAAAUUUUGAAACAUCCAGCAUCACUCUUCAUCAACAUCUCUCUUUUGAUGGGGUGAGGAAUUCUCUCUCAGAUCUGAAGAAAAGGCUUGAGGAAUUCUGUGAGGAGGAAUUCAGCAAAAUUCAUCCACAUGCUGCAGCCGUUCAGAUCAUUUCCCCACCAGAGCCGGAGAGCAGAGAAGAUUUCCUGAAAUAUUUUUGCUAUCUGACUCUGGAUCCCGACACGGCAUAUCGUAAACUCGUUUUGUCUGAGAACAAUAGAGUCGUGAGAUAUAUCGAGAAGGAGCAGCCAUACUUUGAUCAUCCAGAGAGAUUUGACUCCUGGCCUCAGGUGUUGUGUAAGGAGAGUGUGUGUGGACGCUGUUAUUGGGAGGUGGAGCGGAGUCGGGAUGGAUGCGUGGACAUAUCAGUCUCAUAUAAAGACAUCAGAAGGAAAGGACAGAAUAAGAAAUAUCUGUUUGGAAGGAAUAAUCAGUCCUGGAGUCUGUGGUGUUCUCCUUCUUCUCUAUCUUUCCAUCACAAAGACAUCAAGACUGAUCUCAAAGUUCCAGCAUCCUCCAGAAUCGGAGUCUAUGUGGAUCAAAGUGCAGGAAUUCUGUCCUUCUACAGCGUCUCUGACAGAAUAAAACUUCUUCACAGAGUCUACACCACAUUCACUCAGCCUCUAUAUGCCGGGUUUGGUCCCUCCUGGUCUUUUGAUUCAAAUGUAAAAUUGUGUGAUCCGUAAUAUACCAUAAAGUUUGUAUGAAAUCUACCACAAGCUAAUUAAAGUAAAAGAGUGUUAAUUAGUAAACUAAUAAACCCAAAGACAAAAAUACUAUUAUAUUAAUUGUAUACAUGUUUUUUAAAAGACAAUGAAUUAUCGAGGACAACACCCAAACUGAGAACAUUGGAGAAUUAUUAAAAGAAAGUAAAAAACUUUUGAGAAUUUCGACAAAUCGGAUUUAGCGCCAACCAGAAGAACCUCUGUUUUUCAAUAUAUAGAUAUAUUUCCUAUAAAUCUAUCCAAGAGUUAACCAGUAAUUACUACAUUAAAAAGGGCCCAAAACAGAGCCUUGUGGAACACCAGUGGUAACAAAUUAGGAGAUUUUAAGUUGGACAAAUUACGUGAAACCAAAAGACCAGAUUGUUACCUGGGUAAACACUCUUUUUAUUUUAACUCUUAUGAUUCUAAGGUAGCGCACAUGGGGCGCUUGGAUUUUAUUUUUUUUUUUUUUUUUUGGAUAGCUACAGCAAUUAGUUAAAAAUUUUUACUUUGUUUAUUUUUGCUAAUUACAAUUUUUUUC